UUGCACCGCGGAGCAGAGACGCUCCUGUGAUCCGCUACCAUGGAGGAAAAUGGAGAAACGCACGGACUGAGAUCAAUGCACACACGCACGCAGGUUCGGACUGGACGUAGAAAUGCCACUGGAUUGUAAAUCUCCCCGCGGAGGAUGGGAUUUUCUGGACAUAACGAAGUGAAGUUACAGGAAUCUCUGUCCCGGACUGAAGAAAAGACGAGUGGGCCUGAAUCACACAGACGUCGGUUGAAGUUGAGCUAAGACCAGCGCUAGCCAAGUUAGCAUUUAGCUUACUGUGAAAUACCAAGUGUAUAGCUAAUGGUUGGGUCGUGUUUCAGCGGGGAACCCACCGCAUUGUGCGGCUGCGUGUACCACGAGAUACCGUGUCGUCAGAGAAGUACUGCUUUACAUGCGGUUGUUUACGUUAGCAGCAGUGAUUAUAGCGACACUAGCCAGCUAGCUCUGUGACAGUGCUAGCCUGUUGUUCCCUGCUAGGUAAAGCAGAAAGCCCCUGAGAAACAGGAACAAAAGAGAGGAUAACACAGGGUCGGUGGUUAUUCGUGUACAAGAGGAUGUAUCUCAGCAGAGACAUUUGAUCAUAAACAUUAAUUGCCUCCGAGGUUAUUAUUAAUUCUAUUUAAGACAAUAAGCAUGUUUCUCUCUUCAAGAGUCAUCCUGUCCGGACAGAGCUCAAGUUAAACAUAGAUUGUCUCUGCUUUUGACCUUUUAAUAGAUUUUUAAUCUCAUUGAGAUAAAGGUUUGGCUUUGGUUUCUGGUUAUUUAAUUUAAUUAGCUGUCAGAUUUCAACACAGUACUAGUUGUUUAUCAUUUGUUUUGUUUUUCCAGUGAGUUUGACCAAACCAACCCAUUUCUCAUCUUAAACUUGAGCAGUAGGAAUGUAUUGUCCCUCAGAACCGCACUUCUGGCAUCCACCUUGUUAUUCUGUGGUUUUAGUCUGAAAAUUACCCGCUCGCACACAACUUGGAAGACCUGAAGUAAACAAGCAACACAAGAACUGGAAAUUGGAGGACCUCCAUUCAGCAAAUAGUGGUACAACAGACAUAAUCUUUGUUUUGGAUCACAACAGAGGGAUAACACACAAGAGGAGGGGUAGCGUAGUCAUCCCUGUUGCUCAUCUCCAGCCUCCUUUGGGCCUGGUCUCAGAUGUGAGACAUGGGCAGCCAGGGCAGCCCAGUGAAAAGCUACGACUACCUUCUUAAGUUCCUCCUGGUUGGAGACAGCGAUGUUGGAAAAGGAGAGAUCCUGGACAGCCUGCAAGACGGAUCGGCCGAGUCCCCAUAUGCUUAUAGCAGUGGUAUCGACUAUAAAACCACCACCAUUCUCCUGGAUGGGAGAAGAGUGAAGCUUGAGCUCUGGGACACCUCAGGACAGGGGAGGUUCUGCACCAUUUUUCGCUCUUAUUCCCGCGGGGCUCAGGGGAUCCUGCUGGUGUAUGACAUUACCAACCGGUGGUCAUUUGAUGGCAUCGACAGGUGGAUCAGAGAGAUUGAUGAGCAUGCACCAGGCGUGCCUCGAAUCCUCGUAGGCAACCGGCUACAUCUGGCCUUCAAACGGCAAGUUCCCACUGAGCAGGCCAGGGCAUAUGCCGAGAAGAACGGCAUGACGUUCUUCGAGGUGAGCCCUCUGUGCAACUUCAACGUCAUCGAGUCCUUCACAGAGCUGUCUCGUAUCGUCCUGAUGAGGCAUGGCAUGGAGAAGUUCUGGAGGCCCAACAGAGUCUUCAGCCUCCAGGACCUCUGCUGCCGAGCCAUCGUGUCAUGCACCCCAGUCCACCUCAUCGACAAGCUCCCGCUGCCUGUUGCCAUUAAGUCCCACCUCAAAUCCUUCUCCAUGGCCAAUGGCAUGAACGCCGUCAUGAUGCAUGGACGCUCUUACUCUCUGGCCAACCCAGCCGGCGGCUCUAAAGGCAACAGCCUGAAGCGCUCCAAGUCCAUCCGUCCACCGCAGAGCCCUCCGCAGAACUGCACCCGCAACAACUGUAAAAUCUCCUAAUUCACAGCUUCACCGAGGGUCUGUGAAAAAGGCGAUGAAUGAAUGGGAUCAGGAGAUGGAUGUUCACAGUGGUGGCAGUUGGACGGAAAGAGCACAACCCUGAACAUGAAGGGCAGAAGAGCAGCAAUUAUGCAUAAAGGGAUGAAUGAUCGCCACCUCCCACCUUCAUGAGUUGAAGUAAUUUCCAGGUAGAGAAGCUGGAAUGAUUCCUCAGGAUAUCAGAGGAGAACGACUACAAACUUACUGGUCUCUGCUGACCUGAUUCUCACUUUAUCCAAAUCACAAAAAGAGAGAAAAGACUCCAGAUCCACUCCCACCUGCUUGAGUGUUAACUUCAUGUACAGAAAUCCCUCACCAACUCUGGUUUAGUUACUGUACAUGAUGCACGCCACUUGCCAUGUCUCUGUAUCACAGACGUCACCUGGAGAUUAACUCCUCACCUUAUUCUUGCACAUUUAUUUCUUGCCUCUGUCUGUCUGGUUAUACUUCCACCUUUUUCUAUCCACAACUCUGUUAAUUUGCUGUAUUAUUGACCAAUAAGCUAACGAUCCAGACACUAGUAACCAGUUCCUUAUCAGUCCACUCCUGAUUGAACCAUAGACUGUUAAUAGAAAUGGACGUAGACUCCAGUUCCAUAGAGUGAAGCCAAUGGUUAAGUGCCUGAAACCCGUAUUCUCUUAAAUGACCAGGAGAGGGACACAAAGAUGUCAAUUUCUAUAGAAGUCUAAGUCUAAGACUUCUCAUUUAGUUAAUUAUAUCAGUAAAGUAGGAUGAUUUGUCUCAACCUUUUGUUUCUAGUCUUCAACACAGCAUGAUGUUUUUUUUGUAAAUUACGGUCCCAUUUAGAGUCAAAUAGUACCGUCCAAUGGGUGCAGGCCGCAGGUGCUGCUGGGCGUGUAGUGUCCGCAAGCUCUGUCAGGCUCCACCCCCCAACUCCUCUAAAUAUGGUCACCUCUGCUUUCGAAAACCAAAUUUGCCAAACUAGGUGCUUCAAAAUGGCAGCUCACAAACCGACGACAAAAGUGAAGCCACAUCAUCUUGAUCGCCCCCUGGUGGCAUGCUGUAGCAUAGGCCAUACCUAAACAGACGUCACGAUUGACAGCUUACUAUGACUCAAGAUUGGUCGAGCCUCUGUAUUGGAGCAGCUCCCCCCCACGAUCAUUGACUCUAAAUGCCUCAAAAGGGCAAAAUGGCAGCGAGAUAUUCAAGAUAUUUGGCUUCAUUUCUGAAUAGUGGGAGGAAGUGGAGACAUGUCGUCCAUCUUUAUUUCCAGUCUAUGGUCUGAAUGCUCACUGUGCUUUGGAGUUUAAAACGUUUUGUGUGAUCUAUAACACUUGCUGAAGUGAAAUCUUGGCAACAAGUUGAGUGACCGCUCCCGUCUGGUGUUGAAGCUGAGGUCGUCAGACAAACGCAACAAUACCUGAAGCAGGUCUCAGGUCCAGAUGUGUUCGCAUGUGACUUCAGGCUACCUUUACCUGCCAGAGCUUUUGGGUCAGUUUUAAACAAAAGUGUAAGAUUGGAUCGAUUCCACAAACACAACACAUGUAUUUUUAAUGAGUGCAGCAGAUUUUUGGGUUGUGGUUUACACAGUCUACUUCCAUUGGGGAUUCACUGAUGCUUGUUGCUGUAGAAACCACUGCAUUUAAAAAACGAGUGGCCUAUUUAAUGUCGCUACAUCUUUUAUGAAUCUCAUCUCUUAACUUGAUGCCAAUUGAACAGAAUUCCACAAGGGACAAACAAAACAGGGUAAAGAGGAAAUAUUACUUUUUCUUAUUGUUGAAGAAUCAUGAAAUUACCAAAACCAUCAUGUGUGUGUUAGUUUGUCUCUCAACUUCCCUCCUGAGCUCAGAGCCCUUGGUUCCCGUCUCAAAACUUAAAUCUUUAAAACACCUCACAAACAUAUAACUUGACUUGUCCGUCUUGUUUGGAUCUUUUUUGCUUCAGGCCCAUUUUUCCUUUGAGACCAACUCCACUGCUCUUUUUAGGGAGCUGUUUUGAUGUUUUGUGUUUGGGCUGAGAGCUUCUAACAGCUAACAGAUGAGAUGGAGUGGGCACUUUUACAUCUGCGUCACGCAGCCCAGCCGUCUUCCUCGCUCUCGCUCUUUCUCUCUCUAGCUCCUGCUCUCUCUCUCCUGCUAUUUGUGUUUCAAAAAACAUGUACACACACGUACACAAAUACACUCAACUCAUCACGAUUCUUAUAAAUGAUUGAGUGUGCUUAGUUAUAUAAUCAUUAUAAUAUUAGGACAUAGUUAACAAGAGCUGAAACUCUUAUUGAAAUAAAUUUCUUCAGUCAGUCAGAAUACAUUUUACGGAAAAAUCCAGCACAUGUUGUUGUGUCUGUCUCUGCUCUUCUUUUCUGUUUAACAGAUUUUAAAAUCUCAUCAUAUUUAUAAGAAACCGUGAACCUACUUUCACGUUUGUAUCCAAGAUGGUUUCUGCACAGUGGCAGGAUGUGGGUACACGUCGUCCAUCUUUUAUUUUUACAAUCGGUGGUUUCAGCUCAUACAUCAGUGUGUGGUUGGUUUUUGUUUCCAUGACAGUGACCAGUGGAUCCUCGUUACAUUAAGCGUACCUAAAUGCAAUUGAUCAGAAAUGGUGUCGAUAGCCAAUGAAUAAUUAUUUGUUGAACAAUCUUCAGUUUCACCUUCUUGAACGAGAGGAUUUUCAUCUUUUCUUCUAUUUCGUCUUCCAUGAUCAAACUGCCGCGUUGUGUUGAAAUGAGCUCGAACACGUGAACUCUUCAGAGUCGUCAGCUUUUGAACCAUCACACUGCUGCGUCUGGAUUUCCCAUGAGACCGACUGCUGCACGUCUUUCCCUCUGAUCCACUCCACUGCCUCCACACUCUGCCCCAUGAUUCAUGCCUGCUGAAUAAUAGAUGCUUUUCAUAGAUCUCUGUAGGCUUUCAUUAGCACCCCACCCCCCACUGCUCCAGCUCUCCUCGCUACUAUUUCAUCCUCCUUAUGGGAAGAUGCUCUGCUCACUCCGGUUUGUUCGUGGUUCUUCUCAGCAUCUGUUUACUGUCAUUUUCCCGUCCCAACAAUAAAAAGAGCUGGAUCAGGUUCUCAGUUCUAACCUGUUUAUUGACACUGCCCUCCCCAGCUCAGGCUCAGUGUCUGUUCAUUUUCAGUGUGUAGUGUUGGUGGACUCUCAAUCUGCUGCUGUGUAUCUCUCGAUUAAAGGAUAAAACAGCCAACACACACGUUGUGUUAACAGGUUCUUCCUCACCAGCAUUUUAAGAAAAAUUCUGUUAAAUGAGCCGAGUCGUGCUUGUUGCCAAGAUUUCCCACUCUGACGAACAGGAGAAGCCACUGAUCAUUGUUGCUGCUGCCUCACAGAGCAUGUUAACCAUCAAUGGGUGUGAUGAUGUUGUGUAGUUCAACCAGUUUCUUUCUCUGUGACGACACAACCGUUGCUUCCACGUCUUCUUUUGCUCUCAUGUGGACUUCCUCAGUGUUGUCAUCAUAUCUUCUGAUAUAAGCUGAGUUUGCUCCUUUUUGUUUUUUUUGGAAAUGAUGGAAAUGUUUGCAGAGGAUGAUGGGAGAUUGAUUUUUCCUCUGGUGGGCAUUUUUGUGUAAAGGAGCACUGUUUUUAUGAUGACAAACACAUGUAAAACACUAUUCUUGUUUUUGGCUAAAGCUGCUGAGUAAUCUGAAGUGUUUGCGUGUGUGUUUGUGUGAGAGAGUGAGAGAGAGACAGUUUCUUCACACACUAACCUGAACGUUUUUCCUUUUUUUAAAUUAUUGAUUGUACAGUUUCAAGGCGAUGGUAUGAAGAGACUUUUUCACAAUAAAACUAUUGAAUGUU